CCUAAGGAGAGAUAUGAGACUCAUCACGAUAAGCGUAAAAGAAAGGGUGAGAGAGAGAAGCAAUGGGAUACUUUUUGAUUGGUGUUCUUGUGGUUGUUUUGUUUAUUGGUAAUGUUAUUGAAGAAGCAAAUGGUGAAAUCUCUCCAACAGUUUUGAGCAAGAUAGAGUGGAUGAACAAGAGAGGUCCUUAUUUGGGGAUUGUAGCUCCAAAUAACUUUGAGCUUAAUCCUCUUCUCGCUUCUCAAGCCUAUGUUCCAUAUCCCUCUUUGCCUUUCAUCGAUUUCGCAGGUAGAAGAUUUCGAUUUGGAAAAAUAUCCAACCAACGGGUGGUGAUCGUGAUGACGGGAUUAGGAGUGGUUAAUGCAGGAGUAGCAACACAAUUACUAGUGAGCCUUUUUAGGCUGAAAGGAGUGUUGCAUUAUGGAAUCGCUGGAAACGCAGAUGUUAACCUUGAGAUUGGUGACGUCACUAUUCCUAAAUAUUGGGCACACUCUGGUCUUUGGAAUUGGCAGAGGUAUGGAGAUGGGAUUGACGACGAACUAGCUUUGGAAGCCCCUGGAGACUAUACUCGUGAUAUUGGUUAUCUCCAGUUUUCCAAGUACACUAACGGAAGCGACAACUUGCUCAAUCGAGUUUGGUACCAACCGGAAGAAAUCUUUCCGGUCACCGGAACUCCUGAAGUCCGGGAACACAUCUUCUGGGUUCCCGUUGAUAAGUCCUAUUUGAAUCUUGCACGCCAACUCGAGGACACAAAGCUACCACAGUGCGUAAACACGACGUGCCUCCCUCGACCACCGAAGGUUACCAUCGUUGACCGUGGGGUGAGUGCAAGUGUCUUCGUCGACAACGCCGCUUACCGGACUUUCCUCCGCUCUAAAUUCAAUGCCACCGCGGUUGAAAUGGAAAGCGCCGCCGUUGCUCUAAUCUGCCACCAGCAAAGCAUCCCUUUCGUUGUCAUCCGUGCGCUAUCCGAUCUCGCCGGUGGCGGCUCCGACAUGUCCAAUGAGGCCGAUAUUUUCGGUAGUCUCGCCGCGCAAAACUCCGUGGAUGUUCUCGUGAAGUUCGUUGGUUUGUUACCUCCAUAUGGAAGCAAGAUUCAGUCCGAAUAAUAAGAGUGGAUGUGUAUUUUUUUUUUUUUUUUUUUUUUUUUUUUUGAAUUUUAAGGAAUUCAGGGUUUCCCCAAAGGCUUUCUAGGCCCAAAGGACUAAUCCCCCUCCUGGCGCUGACGAGCUCCAUGUAAUAAUGCCCCAGUGGCCCGAGAGAAUUGUUUGCAGCGUGAGGCUUCGAACCCGGGCGUAUUGGCACCAUGGGCACCUCAACCACGAAAUUCUAACCACUCGCCCAACUCAGUCGGGUUGGAUGUGUAUUUUAAUAAAGAGCAUGCAUGUAACGUAAAAAUAAGAUGUAUCUGUCUGUCAUUUUUUUUUUUCAAUAAUAAGAGCUGUGUUUUGCUUAUUA